AUGGAUCCAAAUAACAGGAACAACAUGAAUUACGGGUACAAUGACCGUAACUACAACGGCAAUUCCAACAACCGUGCCUAUCCCACCACUCCCUCCGCGUUUCCCCAGCCCAUCUAUCAGUCUCAGGGGGCUCAGGACUAUGUCGAUCCCGCCAACCCAGCGUAUGCACCGGGAUACUUCAUGCCUCAACCCUACCCACCUCAGGUGCAGGCGCAGUAUGCCCAGCAGCAGCAACAACAGCAACAGCAGCAAUAUGCUCAGCAGCAAGCCUUGCAAUCGCCCCAACCCGCCUACCAACAACGCAUGGGCUACGCCAAUGACGGUACCAACGGCCUGGUUCAACAAUUUUCCAACCAGGACCUCAACGCAAACCGAGCAGGUUUCUUCAAUCGAGCUGGAUCGCCAGCUCAGCGGCCUCGCACCGCUGGUGGCUCUCCAGCCCAGGCCCCGGCCCAGGCUUCACACCUAAUUCCUCCAGUGCCCCGCAGCCCUCGACCCCCCCUCCGAGAAUGA